ACUAUGAAACUCUUACUUAGUUUGUGUCUGUUGGUGGUACUUAUACAAUACGUUCACGGAGGAUGUCAGACGUGUUACAUGACAGAAGAAUACGUGUCAAAUUACUUUUCAAGCUGUGGUCUGUUUGGAUGGAGUAGAUGUGCACGUACAAGAACUUCAACCAGACAAAAGUCGUAUUCAUGCAAGUGUUCCGUAAAUGGAGGAUGGAGUAGUUGGUCAACGAAAAUCACAUGGCGUAAUGAUUGUUCAACAAAAUGUGGACAAGGAAUAGAAACAGGAUACAAAACCAGAACUUGUACAAAUCCAGCUCCUCAAUACGGCGGCAGCAGUUGCUCUGGUUCUAGUACACAAACACAGCAACGAGCAUGUAAAAUCAAAGAAUGCCCAAUUGAUGGUGGAUGGACAUCUUUCUCUAAAUUCACAUGGAACAACGAUUGUUCAGCAGCAUGUGGUGUAGGUGAUGAAACAGGAUACAGAACGAGAUCAUGUUCAAAUCCUACCCCAGCCCAUGGAGGAAAAGCCUGUACUGGUGCAGCAUUAGAAAAAGCGACGCGUAGUUGUAAGAUAAAGGAAUGCCCAAUUGAUGGACAAUGGAGCGAUUAUUCUACAGUAUCUUGGAACAAUGAUUGUUCAGCUACUUGUGGCAUAGGAGUAGAAACGGGAACUAAAACAAGAACAUGUACUAACCCAACACCAGCCUAUGGUGGCAAUCCAUGCAACGGAGAUUCCUCAUCUUUGGAGAAACGGCAAUGUAAAAUUAAAGAAUGUCCAAUUGAUGGACAAUGGAGCGAUUAUUCUACAGUAUCUUGGAACAAUGAUUGUUCAGCUACUUGUGGCAUAGGAGUAGAAACGGGAACUAAAACAAGAACAUGUACUAACCCAACACCAGCCUAUGGUGGCAAUCCAUGUAACGGAGAUUCAUCAUCUUUGGAGAAACGGCAAUGUAAAAUUAAAGAAUGUCCAAUUGAUGGAGGUUGGACUGAUUACUCAAUAGUCACAUGGAGCGGUAAGUGUUCAACUACUUGUGACUUUGGAACAGAAACAGGCGUAAAAACCAGAACAUGCACCAACCCGGAGCCAGCAUUUGGUGGUAAACCAUGUGCCGGAGAGUCUUAUGCUUCAGAGAAUCGACAGUGUAAAGUCAAGGAAUGUCCAAUUGAUGGAGGCUGGAGUGAAUACUCUAUUAUCACAUGGAGCGGUAAAUGUUCAACUACUUGCGAUUUUGGAACAGAAUCAGGAGUUAAAACCAGAACGUGCACAAAGCCAGAACCAGCUUUUGGUGGUAAACCAUGUGCCGGAGAGUCUUCUACUACAGAAAGUCGACAGUGUAAAGUUAAGGAAUGUCCAAUUGAUGGAGGCUGGAGUAAAUUUUCUGCUAUAACAUGGAGUAGUAAAUGUUCCACUACUUGCGACUUUGGAACAGAAUCAGGAGUAAAAACAAGGACUUGUACAAGCCCUACACCAGCUUAUGGUGGUAACCAAUGUCUUGGAGAGUCUUCUGCUACAGAAAGUCGGCAGUGUAAACUGAGAGAAUGCCCAAUUGACGGUGGAUGGUCUGAAUAUGGACCUUUCACAGAAUGGAGUGCAUGUUCUGUAACCUGUGGUAUGGGAAUACAGACAAAGUCACAUGACCGAACAUGUACAAAUCCGGAACCUCAGUAUGGCGGAAAAGAUUGUGAAGGAGGAAUAACCGAGACUGUUAGCAAAGACUGUGACAUGAAAAAAUGUCCAGAAACCAUUUGUUCUGAUCUUGGACAAGGACACACUUUCACUGCUCAUUUACAGCAAUGUACUAAAUACUUGAACUGCUUGAACGGAGAAGUAACUUUGAUGAGUUGUAGUGAUGGUACAGAAUGGGACAAUGACCUGAAGACAUGUGCAUUUCCUAAAGAAGGUAGCACAUGUCUGGCAACAGAACCAAAUGAUGAAGGAGUAUCCUGUCAAUUUCACGGACAGCACCUUUCACAUCCAACUGAUUGUCACAAAUUUUAUCAGUGUGUUGGCACAACACCAAAAGAGAUGUCGUGUAGCAACGGUUCAGCUUGGAAUGACGCCAUUGGAAACUGUGACCGUCCUGAAAAUGUGGAACUUUGUAAUGUAAAUAAUUCUGAUGAUGGUGCUGCUAAUGUUGUUGAAGAUGACACAAAUGAGUCAGCUGUAGACGUGAUAGAAGAGUUCGACUGUGGAGGAAAGACAGGUUUUUUUGCUGAUCCUAAAGAGUGCACCAAAUACUACUGGUGUAUAGCUGGACAGAAAUAUCACAUGCCUUGUGGUGCAGGCACAUAUUUCGAAAAGGGAGGGUGUGUGGCAGGAACAUGUUAAUGAUUCAGUGAAAACAACAAGAAAUAGUGAAAGAUGAUACGAACAAGAAGAUACAUUCAUUAUAAUGACAAUUGUUAAUGUCCCUUUGGUAUAUCUUUCGCCUCUCGUUUAAUUCUUUCUUAUUUAACAUUUUUAUGUAAUUAUCAUUAAAUAAGUACUUGCAAAUGA